AUUUUUUUACGGAUUGUGUAAAACAAACAAAAUACGAAAAAUCAAACUUUGAAAAAUUUUUUUGAAUAAAAACCCAAAAAGUUAAAAUAAAUGACUUGAAACAACAGCCCGAAUUCCAAACAUACAAUAAGAAGACAAGAAAUCAUCAUCAUCAUGAAACUUUUCAAUAAUCUAUUCAUCUGUUUAAUGUUAUGUUUUAUUGGUUAUAUCAACAUUGGUUGUUGGUCAUUUCCAGUGUCAAAAGGAAUUAAAGCAGCUGCUGCUGCGGCUGUUGCUGCUGCAACGAUAAGCAAAAAAAAAUUCUUUCCAUUUCCAAUUCCAAUACCGAUUCCAAUUAUGAAACCACCAAUAGUUGAAGGUAUACCAGUACCAAUAUCAUUGGUUGCAUUUGGUGGAUUUCGUGGUCCUUAUGGUUAUGGUGGCAUUGGUCAUGGUGGUGGCGGCGGCGGAGGUGGUGGAGGAGGCGGUGGUGGUUUCCAUGGUGGUGGUGGAAUCGGUUUUGGACGUUAAUUAUUUUAUGAUGAUGAUCCCGAAAUUUGAUUUUUUUGUUUCAAUACUUUACCAAUAACACACACACACAUACCAUACAUCAAAUGAACUCAUUUUUUUUGUUGAAGAAACAAAAAACAUCAAUAGUGUUCACCAAUGGAUAAUCACACAUAAUUUGUAAACAACA